GGCACAACAAGCCUGGUCUGACUCAGAAGCAGACGACCAGGCAGUUUUACUCUUUCCAAGAAGCUCCUAACAAAAUCUGAAAGCCAUGGACAAUAUGUCAGAGGUGACGUCCUUCGUUCUCACAGGCUACUUCGAAAUGGAGGACAUGAAGCACCUGUACUUCACAGUCUUCUUCCUGCUGUACAUCACGACCGUUUUUGCGAAUGUCCUUCUCAUCUGCGUGAUCUGUGCUGAGAGGAGUCUGCACGACCCCAUGUACAUUUUUUUGUGCAAUCUGGCAGUGAAUGGGAUGUACGGCAGCACGUCCUUAGUGCCCUCCAUUCUGGGACAGCUGAUGUCCCCCUCGCACAUCGUGUCUCUGGGCUGCUGCCUGGCCCAGAUUUACUCUUUACACACGUACGUUAUCACAGAAUUUUCAGUGCUGGCAGUCAUGAGCUAUGACAGAUACAUUGCGAUCUGUUACCCCUUACAUUACCACAUCAUCAUGUCUCCCCGCAAGGUGUGUGUGCUGGUUGUCCUCUCCUGGAUUUACCCCUCCGUCGCUUUUGGCAUCUACUUCAUAUUCACCGCAAAGCUCACCUUCUGCAGAAAACUCAUACCUAAAAUUCACUGCAUGAACUUCGAGUUAGUCAGACUGUCUUGUUUUAGCACUUACGUUCACAGCAUCGUCGGCCUUGUGGCUACAGUGUUCUAUCUCGUUCCCCAGAUCCUGAUGAUGCUGUUUUCAUAUGUGCACAUAUUCAGGAUUUGCCUGAAAGCCUCCAAGGAAUCCCGAGCCAAAGCCGCUCAAACAUGCACGCCUCACCUGAUAGCUGCCAUCAAUUUUUCUGUGGGCUGCUUUUUUGAAGUCAUCCAAAGCCGGUUCGACUCGAACAGCCUUUCCUUCGAGUCACGCCUCUUCCUGUCCCUUUACUACCUAACAUUUCCCCCCCUGCUAAAUCCUCUAAUAUAUGGUAUAAGUGUCCAUGCCAUUAGAGUCCAAGCCAUUAAAUACAUUUGCUGUAAGAAGUGAAUGGAAACAUAAUCAGAUAAAGUUUUGCUUUGUGUGUUGAUGUUUGUAGUUAUGUGUAAUGGAAGAUUUAACAAUAAGGUCAAAACACCUCUAACUGAAAUUCGCGUCCUAGUUUAAAAUAGGCCGGUUACCUCUAUACAGUCACAUUAGCCCCAGAUACCUUGGAUAUUCAUGACAGAAUUGUCGUGAUGGGACAGCAUAUUUGUAUAGUUUUUAUGUUAGUUUUACGUUUCACCUACAGUUUUCAUAGAUGUCCUGCAUGACUUUUUCUGUCGAUUCAUCCAAAAGUCUCACUAAGCUGUCCAAAAUCAAAAAGGUUCUUAAAACAUAUAUGGCUUGAUAAUUUGUAUCAAAUAUUCAGGUUUUCUGCCAGAGUGCCUCUUGGGGAUUUCCUGUAUGUUUUUGAUUCAGACUGCAGGUGGGUUUCGGUGCUUUUGUCCCAUCUAUGUCACCUUGCAGCCACUGCAGCUGGUGGAUUCUGCCUGGCAGAUGGAAGCUUAUCCUGGUUCCCACGCGACGUCACACUGAGACUGACUGCUCACUGUGGGAUUCAGUGUCUCCCCCUAACUGGGAGUAAUUACCUUCAUGCACAUCUGCAUUAAGCUGCCGGUGCUUCUAAACCCUGCUGACUCAAUAUAUUGUUCAUUCCACAGCGAAGAACAUGGCUCAUUUCGGUAAAGGCAGUACUGUGAUCUGGCUAAAUGGAGCAAUGAAGUUUUGAACGGCCCAAAUACAUCCUAAAGACUUCUGAUCAAACCGCCAUGUCAAAGCUCAAUAGAGACAGAUAAAAUUAAACCCUCCCCUAAUUUCCUUGACCCGUUUAUUAUUUAGGGGGGUGUGAUUAGUGCGCUGGGAAGCACCUUGGAUUCACUGGGUGUUUUUAUUUUAUUAUUCCGUAUAAAUGAUUCAGAAAUGCAUCACAACACACCCAUGUACUGUAAAGCGCCUUGGGGUGACUCUGCUGUGAAAAGCGUCAAUUGGAAAUAAAUUGGAUUGAAUUGAAUUGAAAACAUA